CCGGCCGACGACGGCGGGGCACACGUCCACUACGCCACCUCGGCCGUCUUCUCGGGCAGCGGCUCCUUCCUCCUCAGCGGCCAGGUGGAUUUCGCGGCCUUCAGCGAGCCCAGCCCCUUCCCGGCGUGUCUCAAAGAGCCGGCCGACGGCCACUCCGGGGCCUUCCAGACCGCUUCCCCCGCUCCUGGCGCCUACCCUAAGUCCGCGUCCCCGGCCUCCGGCCUCCCGGCCGCCUUCAGCACGUUCGAGUGGAUGAAAGUGAAAAGGAACGCCCCGAAGAAAAGCAAACUCGCCGAGUAUGGAGCUGCCAGCUCCUCCAGCGCGAUCCGCACGAAUUUCAGCACCAAGCAACUGACAGAACUGGAGAAAGAGUUUCAUUUCAAUAAGUACUUAACUCGGGCCCGACGCAUCGAGAUAGCCAACUCACUGCAGCUGAAUGACACCCAAGUCAAAAUCUGGUUCCAGAACCGCAGGAUGAAACAGAAGAAGAGGGAACGAGAAGGGCUUCUGCCCUCCACCACCCCUGUGGUUUCCCUCCAACUAACCCUCUCAGCUACGAGCCCCACCAAGUCUGGCAAAAACCCGGGAAGCCCUUCUCAGGCCCAAGAACCUUCAUGAGGUUUAGUCAUGAGGCUGAGGAACCGCGGCCUGCAGCAUUCAUAGGCUACCCACCUCUACCUAGACUUGCCAGCUCAGUUUGGAAUGGAGGUGGGCAUGGACAGAAAUAAUUGAGGUUUCAUUUGGGAGAGGAAGUAUCUUAGUCGGCUUCUGAGUUCCAGACCAUGGGUGUACAGAUAAUAACUUGAAGUCUAAAGUCACUCAUUUGUUUAUUAUUUGUUUCUUAUCAGGGAAAAGGUGCUGAGCCACCAGCUCACCCCUGCUGCUAUGUUGCCUAACUUAGUCAUACGCAAUUCUCACAAUUCUUGAGUGCAGAGUGGUAGAGCAUUCCUUACUGAGCUCUGCCAACCCCCUGAUGUGCUCAGAAGAGCAGCUACCCGAAGUUUUAUCUGGUUUUAAUUUAAAAGACAAGGCUAUAUGUAUUCAGCUUCUAGAGUUGACCAAAGCUAGUUAGAGUUAGGGCCUCCUGGAUGUAGCUAAGCUGCUUCAAUGAUGAUCUUCAUAUCUGCACUACAGUUUUUUUUGUUCUCUCUUUAAAAAGCGGUUUCUACCUCUCCACGUGCCUGAGUGAAGAUACAAUCACUGUUAAGUUAGUGGCUGAACAAAUCUACAGGGUGGGUAGAGAUCCUGAACCACACCUUGACUCCAGUUACUCAAACUUGAAUGUAAAUACAUACAGUAUGUAUAUUUUUUAAAAGUUUGCUUGCAAUGAACUUACAUGUGACAUUUAAUGUCAUAGCAUGUAAAGGAUUUGAACUUUUUUUUGUAAUAAAAAUUACAGA